ACUCUCUUUCUCUCAAAAUAUUUCUGUUUCUUUUUUUUUUUUUUUGGUGGUGUUGGGGGAAGAUGGAAGCUCCGGAGGAAGUCGCAAUGGGGUCUAAAGAUCAUAGCAAUAUCGUUAAAGGGAAGCGAACCAAGCGUUUAAGGCCUCAAUCUCCAAUCCCUUUUGCCAUAACUUCCAAUAAUUCAAUACACAAUGGAGAUGGAGGCGAAUUCGAUGGGAUUCCAAAUGUGGAGGACAUGAAUCAUACUCAAUAUUUAUCAACUUCUUCUUCUUUUUCUUCUGAAUACCAUAGCACUGAGGAAGAAGAAGACAUGGCCAACUGCUUGAUCCUCCUGGCGCAAGGCCAAUCAAGAGAAUCAGCGAAAUUACAGCCUGAUGAUCAUCACAAGUUCACUAGCAGAAGGUUCAUGGAAGCAGCUUCAAACGGGACAGGCAAGGCCGGAUACUAUGUCUACGAGUGCAAAACGUGUAACAGAACAUUCCCAUCAUUCCAAGCCCUUGGUGGUCAUAGGGCUAGUCAUAAGAAGCCUAAGGCUGCGUCUGCGGCAGCCAUGGUUGAGGAGAAAAUAAGGCAAUUCACAGCAGCAGCAGCAGCGGCUGCAUCAGAUGAAGAAGAAGGAAAAUUCAUCAAGACUAACAACAUUUCUUCUCUUUCUCUUGAAUUGAGUAAUCAUAAUAAUAACAAUAGAGGUUUGUAUGGCAAUAACAACAAGGCCAAGGUUCAUGAAUGUUCCGUUUGUGGGGCUGAGUUUACCUCUGGACAAGCCUUGGGAGGGCAUAUGAGAAGGCAUAGAGGGCCAAUAGGUACUACUGCUAAUACAGCCUUGUCAUUGACAGUACCAAUGGCAACGGAAUCUCAGGAACCUCAGAAACCAAGAAAUGUUUUGUCUUUAGACUUGGAUCUCAAUCUUCCUGCCCCGGAAGACGAUCACCAUCACCAGGAAUCUAAACUCCCCUUGGCUCCCAAGCAACAGCAGCAGCAGCAAAAACAACAAUCUCGUCUUGUCUUCACCGCCCCCACUUUGGUGGAUUGUCAUUACUAA